AUGCUUAAGUCAGGACUAUUCCAGAGGUAUUGCCUUUGGUGCCUCCUUGCACCUUGCGCUUUCCGCGCUGCCGUAAAGGCAACUCUGGUCCAGGUGUCUGUCGACGGCACUGGGGCCAGCCACGUCCACAGAUCUUCGCGAGAACACCGGUCGCGACUGCUUCGAAGGGAGGAGCGUGAGCACUAUGACCUGCUCAUUGUCAUCCCAGCCAGUGCAGAGCGGGACCAGCAGCGCAUGGAUGCUGUCAGAGAGACGUGGACCCUGGACAUUGACCCCGAAACCCACCAGUGCGCCAGGUGCCAGAGCAAUCGCACCGUGAAGUACCUGUUCUUGCUGGGUAAUGAAGCAGCCGACGAGGCCCCCGAGAAAGAUGUCGCGAUUUUGCGAAGGUGUAGCAGUGACUACGAUCAUCUCGCGCACAAAGUUCGCCAAGGGAUUCGGUAUGCGGUGACACACUACAGCUUCCACUUGCUGUUGAAAGCUGACACUGACUCCUGGAUAUUCCUCGACCGCCUGAUUGACUUCGCCGAGGGCCACCGCUUGUUUUCCAGGAGUGGAGUCCAUGCUGGAGAGAUCCGCCGGCAUGGGAAGCCUCAGACCUACGCCGGUGCCCAGAACCGCGAUGAGGUGUUCAGCCAGCUCACGAGCCAAGACACCUACCCGGUCUACACUCCUGGUUGUGGCUAUCUCCUGACACGGGAUCUGUGCAACUACGUAAGCCUGCUCUCUGAGGACCAAGGCGGAAGAAAGGACCAGCAGGACUCUGCACUGCCUGGGCUGACCGAGCUCCCACAAGAAGACGUGGCAGUUGGAUUUUGGCUUGAGGCCGUGGAGCACCAGAGGCUGAGCAUGCCGCUCUCAAUCUUCGGUGAUGCCUGCAGGAAGUCGGAGGGCGACUCUUUCGUGCUGGAUCAUUACGUCUCGCAGGAGCAAAUGCGUCGCAGAUGGCGAAAUCUGCAGCAGAGUGGGGAUCCAUGUCGUGGAGAGGCCGCUCUGUGA